CCGAGCGUGACGGGCGGAGGGCGGGAGCGAAGCCCGCAGCGAGGAGCGACCCGGCUGCCGCCUCCUGCGCCUCCGCAGCGCCCGUCGGGAGGCGGCCGGGCAGCGCUGCCGCCGAGACCCCAUCUCCGUGCCCGCUCGCCCUCGCCCCGCCGAGCGCCAUGGCGGCCGCCGAGCCCGCCUGCGGCCGGUACCAGCAGCUGCAGAAUGAAGAGGAGCCAGGUGAGACUGCACCCGUGCUGAAUGAUGCCCCUCCACCUUACAGCAGCAUUUCUGCAGAGAGUACAGCUUAUUUUGACUACAAGGAUGAGUCAGGAUUUCCUAAGCCUCCAUCUUACAACGUGGCCACAACACUGCCUAGUUACGAUGAGGCAGAGAGAACCAAGGCUGAAGCCACAAUCCCCUUGGUUCCUGGAAGGGAUGAUGAAUUUGUGGCCCGGGAUGACUUUGACGACACUGACCAGCUGAGGAUAGGAAAUGAUGGCAUUUUCAUGCUGACUUUCUUCAUGGCAUUCCUCUUCAACUGGAUUGGAUUUUUCCUGUCUUUCUGUCUGACUACUUCAGCUGCAGGACGAUAUGGGGCCAUUUCUGGGUUUGGUCUGUCUCUCAUUAAGUGGAUUCUUAUUGUCAGGUUCUCCACCUAUUUUCCUGGUUACUUUGAUGGCCAGUACUGGCUCUGGUGGGUCUUCCUUGUACUAGGUUUUCUGCUGUUCCUCAGAGGGUUUAUUAAUUAUGCAAAGGUUCGGAAGAUGCCAGACACCUUCUCCGCUCUCCCCAGAACCAGAGUUCUCUUUAUUUACUAAAGUAUUCAAUAUCCUUCUCCAACAGAUGUUUUCUGGCAAAUGUCUUCCUGCAUUAGUGAAUUCUCCCUCAAGAAGCAACAGGACACCUGCAGGAAGUGAAUCAAGACUCUGGAGCAGAAGAAAAAAUAAUCACCUGCUUUAAAGUAACUCAAUAAAAGUACUGUUCAAACAGACAA